UUGUUGAUUGCUCUAUUACCAUGAAAGCAGUCGGUUGAAAAGGAUGCUAGUAAGCGAUAUUUAGAGAGCGACAAAUAUAUUUCUAUGUUCUUUAUAAAAAGGCGUUGCCAGGCACAAGGUUCAAGAAUUGUAUAGUUGGCAAGAAUAUACAAGAAUUUUAGAAACAAGAUAUCAUUUUUAUUCGGUACUGGUUGCUUUAAGGAAUAAUUAUGACUCGGCAGUUUUAUGCAUGUAUAAUUGCAGCUCUUCUUUGUCUCGCUGCUUCCGAUUCCAAUCCACUACCCAUGACAGAAAAUGCUGUAAUUCAGGAGUAUUUCUCACAACUUAAAAUAUUGGGUUAUAAUAGAGAAGUAAUGCCUGAAGGAAAUCAUGGAUAUGGAUCGCCAGUUGUAGUUCUUUGCACAAUGUAUUUACUAGACAUUUCCGAAGUAAAUGAUUUAAGCAUGGAUUACAGAGCAAUGUUAUACUUCCGUCAGUCAUGGAACGAUUCACGGUUGGCUUAUCCUGAUCUAGACAUUCAUUCAAUUGUUUUGAAUGAUCCGAGGUAUAUUUGGACUCCUGAUUUAUUCUUUGUUCAAGAGAAAGAAGGCAUUCAUCACAAUUUAAUCGUACCGAAUGCUUUUAUUAAAAUCAGCCCAGAAGGGGAAGUUUUAUACAGCGUAAGACUGAGCAUAACUUUCAGCUGCCCUAUGGAUUUCAGAAAAUAUCCUCAUGACAUUCAGAAAUGCACUUUCAGUGUCGAAAGCUAUGGCCGUUCACGUGAUAAGUUAGCACUUAUGUGGGAUUUUAGAAAACCGCAUCCUGUAUCAUUCAAUAAGAAUAUCAGCACUUUUUCGUUUCAGCUCAAAGCAGUGAAUGAAAGUAUUAAGCACGAAACUUUUAACUUUGGUGAAUACACAUGUCUUGAAGUGUCCAUAGAGCUCGAGCGAAAGAUCGGAUUUUAUAUGAUUCAAUUGUACAUUCCCUUCCUGCUUUUGGUUGUACUUUCCUGGUUGUCCUUUUGGAUACCAUCUAAGAUGAUAGCUCUUAGACUACCUUUGCUGCUGGUAGUUUUGUAUCUUAUGGUAAACAUAGGAUCAGGAAUUAGCGAGAGAAUUCCUCCAGUUUCCUACACUAAAGGAAGUGAUGUCUGGAUAGCUGUAUGUGAAUCUUUGGUUUUCUCCAGUUUCCUUGAAUCUAUUCUUGUUCAUAUUAUUUCCCGUAACAAAGAAAAACUUGAAAAGAAAAUGCGCAAGAAGGAUCCCGAGGCUCAACGAGUUCUAGAACCGGAAGAAAAGAUGAAUCCAGUUAAUAAUGAUUCAUCGAAUGGUGCUGUUAACAUAGUUGCAAGCCGUUUAAAAAGGGAAGCUCGUCUUUCAAAACUGAUUGACAAGAUAUCUGCUCUUUUAUUUCCUUGUUUAUUUAUAGUUUUCAACUUUGUAUAUUGGUUGUUUUAUUGUACCGGACAUUAAAAUAUUAAUAUAUAUUUAAUAAAAACUGGUGUGUAAAUAAACAAAGUAAUAUAGCAUGAGUGGCAUCAUAUUUAGUAGACCAAAAAAUUCCAGCUACGCUAUGAGGAUAUAUUUAUCAGCAUGCUAUAAAAUAGAUAGUUGUCUCUAAAGUUCAGAUAGGAUCAUUCACAUUUCCUGUCGAAGUUUCCUAGAAUUAUUUGACACUGUAAUUAAUCAUCUUUAAUAAAGUCGAGCUUACCGUAAGAUUAUUGGCAGUGAUCGUGGAGUCCUUAAUGAGAUUAAUAAGCGUUAGUGAAAUAAUAUGUAUUCUUCUUAAAUUUAAGCUGAGUUUAUGCGUAAUUUUAAGGAAGGGGCAACAAAUUACUUCUUGGGGAGUGUAGGAGACAUAGUUCGUAAAACUCAUGUUUAUGGAGAACAACUCAAACUAAAUAAUGAUAAUUCAAAUAUUUACCUUAUUUUUACUCUAUAUAAUUGAUCAUCAUGAAAAGUUUUGUAUCUAACCCUUGAAAAUCUUAUGUUGAAUGUCUUAUGAAAAGAUGUAUCUAGUUUUUCCUCGAUGAGUUAGUAUUGCAAACUGAUUUACUGGUUUUUGCAGUAACUUAUGAUGAUAUCUGUUACAAAGCGAAUUAAUACUGAGAAUUAAUUUUUUUUCUCCUUAUUACUAUCUAUUACGAUAGUCCAUUUUCGAUAGUAAAUAUGAUAUCAAUAAUUGUAAUGAAACACAUUUAUAAAAGUAGUUUUUGUCGAAUAGUUUCAUUCCAGUAAAACAAUGGUUCAAGCUGAACAGAAUAUUUUUGUCAAAUAUAUUUUCAAGGUGAACAAGCAUAAUAAAUAAUUCUACUUUUGUAUUGAUUAUUUUAUUUUUGGUUUGCCAUUUUCUUUUUGUUUAUCAAAGUAUUCUUUCCAAAUAAAUAAUGAUUAUUUAUGUUUGCUUUUUGCAUGCUUUUUAGUUCGUAGAAAAUACCAAUUUUCUUGCAUAUGCAACAUGUGUAACUCGUGUUCAAUUUUUAAGUCUUAACUCUGCACAUAAUAAAACUCUACAUACUCUCUGCGUAUUCUAAUUCACUAUACAUUCGACCUUAUUUCAAAUAUUAUUAUAAAACUAAAGUGAGAAUCAACCUGUUUCCUUUAUUGUAUGCUUGUAUAUAUGGGUAUAUUUUUAUUGAAUGCAUAAAUAGUUUUUCGAUCUGAUAUUUAUAUGCUACAUUAUAAUUUAACAAAUU